GUCAGUAUAAUUAGCGCUUCGUCAAGACUCCAUUUAGCAGCUGACUGCACAUCCAAAUUGCGUGAACUUCAGACCUCAGGGACGUGGCCCACAAAGUAUUUAAAUUGCUCACCCAAGAUAAACUUUUAAAGCAGACAGAAUGUGGAUUCUGACUCUGUCUGUACUCCUUUUAAAUGCUUUUAGCAAGAUAGAAGCAGGGAUACCUACGACAGGUGGGAAUGCUAAUGGUGCCCCCUGCGUUUUUCCAUUUAUACACCAGGGAAAAUCCUACAGCUACUGCAUUACAUACAAUGAAGACCGGAGGCUGCCAUGGUGCGCCACCACAAGUAAUUAUGAUAAAGACAAACAGUGGGGCUACUGCCCAAAAUCAGGCAUUAAGGCGGUAGAUGGGAAUGCAGGUCCAGAGUGUGUCUUCCCCUUUGUCUACAAAGGAAAAUGGUGCUUUACUUGCACAAAAGAGGACAGUGACAAGAAGUGGUGUGCAGUGACUAGUAACUAUGAUGAGGACAAGAAGUGGGCCUACUGCUCAGACAAAGGUGUCCCAGUAGUUGGUGGAAACUCCAAUGGCGCCGCUUGUGUUUUCCCCUUCAUCUAUGAGGGACAAAGUUACUCCUCUUGCAUUAAGAAAAACUCUGAUAAGCUAUGGUGUGCAACAACCGGCAACUAUGAUAAGGACAAGCAGUGGAGCUUCUGUCCAGGCACUUCUGAUCCAUCUUGUGCUUUCCCAUUUACUUACCAAAAUAAAAUGUACAUGUUUUGUACCACCGCUAAUUGGGUUGCAGGUCGGCCCUGGUGUUCUCUAAACCUCAAUUAUGAAGGAAAAUGGAAAUACUGUUCAACCUCAGGAGUUCAAACAUUUGGUGGCAAUGCGGACUGGCCAUAUUGUGUCUUUCCCUUCAUUUACAAAGGUGUGACCUACAAUUCCUGUACAAAAGUGGACAGCGAAAAGGAGUGGUGCUCCAUCACCAGCAACUAUGAUGACGAGAAACUCUGGGGCUACUGUGCUACUGAGUGCAACAAAAAGUAAAUCCUUUUGAUGAUGUGUUUAGAUGGUGAAGGAAGACCACUAUGAAGUUCAUCAAGGCUACUUGCAGUUUUUGUUUUCCACUCCAUAAUCCUCAAUUGUAAUAAUAUCAGUUAAAUCAUAGAUAAUAAGUAGUGUGUCAAAUUAAUUCUGGAAUCUAAAUUAUCCUAAUGGAGACCAAAUCUUUAAAAUGUUAUAUAAAUAUAGCCAAUUCUAAUUUGCUCACCACCAAUAUAUUCCCUUCUUUUCGAGAGCAACUAAACCCUUAUUUAGUUUCAUGUAGCCAUUAAUUGUAAACUGAUGCACCAUCUGUGUUUUUAUUCAAUGGCCUGUUAAUUACUGUCCUGUGUGCUUGUAAACGUGUUUCUGCAGCUUGCUGAUAUUACGUUUUUUUUAAUGAGGUAGAGUGAAAUAUGGAUUAGAAUGAGUUACCUAUGCCCUGGUAUUUAACAGUUAAUACAUAUACUGAUGGUUAACUAAUUCAGCACUACUAGAUACAGUAAGUGCCAUAAUCUUUAUUUUAGAAGCCCUGUAUAAAAUUUUAAAUAAAUAUUUCAAGUGGGCCUUUGUUUGUUAGAUCUCCUUUUAAUACCAAUACAAGCUAAAACCAAGAAGAGAGUUCCAUGGACUGAUAUGCGUUACAGCAUCUUUAUUUAUUUAAUAAGAUUUUUCUGUUUGUCUCAGUUAAAUUGUUUGCUGAGAUCUCCCACGAACUCAUCUAAUCUCAUCUUAAAUGACACCUGUCAUGUUUAGUGUUCUAACUUGGAGCAAAUAGACCAGAUGUCCUCCAUCUCAUCACACUACCAGAUCUUGAUUAGCCUGUGACUUGUUUGCAUGUAAUAUGCUUGCGCCUUUUACAACUGCAUUAGACUCGUCAUUCUUCCAUGCUUUGUAAAGCACUUUCUAAUGGUGUACUCUGAGAAAAGUGGCAUAUAAUAAAAUUUGCAUGAUAAAAGCA